UUUUGGGUGCAUGCCAGAGGUCCGGAGAGGGGAGGGGAACCGUCUAGUUUCCGGUUUUGGGCUGGAAUUGACACACAAUGAGGAGUCGGGAGCAGCCGCUCAAAAGCCUUCUGUAAAUAAACAGGACCUUCAUCAGGCCGGCGAACUAUGGAGAAUCAGUGCACGGUUCAGGUAAAGCUUGAGCUGGGUCACAGGGCCCAGCUGAGGAAGAAGGUGACAUCAGAGGGCUUCACCCACGACUGGAUGGUGUUUGUGCGAGGCCCUGAGAACAGUGACAUUCAGCACUUUGUGGAUAAAGUCGUCUUCCGGCUGCACGAGAGCUUUCCGAAACCCAAGAGAGUGUGUAAGGAGCCACAAUACAAGGUUGAGGAGUCGGGAUAUGCUGGUUUUCUAAUGCCCAUAGAGGUCUACUUCAAAAACAAGGAGGAGCCAAAGAAGGUGUGCUUUAAUUACGACCUCUUCCUUAACCUGGAGGGAAACCCACCUGUCAAUCACCUGCGCUGUGAGAAACUAACCUUCAAUAACCCCACUCGUGACUUCCGUCGCAAGCUAGUCAAGGCUGGAGGGAUCAUGGUGGUCCCAGAGGGGGCAGAGGUGGUCCCCAGACCCAGCCCGGAUUACCCCAUGCUUCCAACCAUCCCACUCUCUGCUUUUUCUGACCCUAAGAAGAGCAAGACUUCACAAGGAUCAAAGGAGCCUAGUAAAGAGGGAAGCAAAGUGUCCAAAUCCCACAAAAUGGGCAAGGAGCAUCGAGCGCGGCCACGAAAAGACUCUGAGAGCAAAGCCACAUCCAAAGUGGACGUUGAACGGGACGGCAGCAGCAAAACUAGCCGUGACCCUUCCUCAUCUUCAUCUUCAUCCUCCAAGAAAACAGAGAUCAAAGUGAAAGACGAGAACAAAGUCGUGCCCAAAGCUGCUUUCAAGGAGCCCAAAAACACGCUGAAGGAGUCCAAAAUGGAAGGCAUGUCUCCUAAAGGAGGGGGGGCGGGGGGUGCGGGCGGUGGAGCGGCCGAUGGAAAAGCACCCAGCAAACGACCUUCCAAUGCGGAGUCACCCAAACCUAGUGUCAAGAAGCCAAAGAAGGGGGGUUCAGAGGGGUCAAAAGGUUCCAGCAGUGGGGGGUUCACCGGCACCUCCCCCCGAACCGCGUCUUCCUCCAUGGCCUCCUCGGGAUAUGCUGAAAAGAAGGCCUCUAAAGAGAAGGGCCGCUGGGCCAAGAGCAAGUCAGAUGCCCAGGAGGUCAAGGAGUCCAAGAAGCCUCCAGAAUCCGAUGACUCCAACUCAGAUGAUGAGGCCUCGUCUAAGUCUGAGCAGUCAGCACCUUCCAGCCCGUCUAAUUCCAGCUCCAGCUCAGAGUCCAGCUCCGAUUCAGACUUUGAGCCACAGCAGAAACAAGGCCAAGGCCCGUUGAGCUUUAUGGUGAAGGACCUCCAGUCGGAGGAGUCUGAUGAUGACGAUAGCAGCUCAGACGAAGAGACGCCAGUCAAGAACAACCUGCCCAGUCGAGACUCCAGGCUGAGCUUAGACAGCGAGAGUGACUGCAGUGACGGGCCGCAGCGUCCCAGUCGAGACCCACCACCCCAGCCACCGAAACACAGCACCACCACCACCAACAACAACAACAAGGUGUCAGGCAGAAAGAGUCCAGACCCUUGUUUACGACAAGAAAAGGUCCUGAAGAAGGGAUACGACAAGGUAGGAAGGGCAUACACUGAAGAGCUGGUAGACCUUCAUCGCAGGCUGAUGGCGUUAAGAGAGCGUAACGUUCUACAGCAGAUCGUGAACCUCAUCGAGGAGACCGGCCACUUUAAUGUCACCAACACAACUUUUGACUUUGACCUUUUUUCGUUGGAUGAGUCAACUGUCCGUAAACUACAGAGCUACCUGGAGGCCACCGCCACAUGACAGGAAGUCCAUCAAGACUGGGGGAGGGGGGAGGGCUGUCCUUUUUCGCUUCUUUUGUCCUGAGAGAGGGCUGCAAAAGGUGAAGUUCUGUUCACAGGAAAUGAAAACAGUGGGAAAUCAUGAAAAGGAGUGAAACGUACAGUAUUUUGAGAAGGAAGUGCAGCUAUGUACCAACACUACAACACUUCUUCUCUUCUUAACGGGGCCAGAACUGCUAGAGGGUCACAUUAGAAUCAGCCGCAAAGAA